UGUACCCACGCUUCACUGUCUCGCUUUGUGAAACACUACGGACGCAAGGCUGUUGCUGAGUGAGAGAGAAGUGUGAACGAGUUCAGAAACAAUCCCAUCGCUAAGAGGCAGACAGUAAAGAAAACUCUGCCAUUUACUGUAACGUUUAAAUGGAUGUGAAAGAGGAGACGUGUGAGUUUGACCUGAAUAUCAUGGAGGAGAGGACCACAAAUGUUAAGGAGGAAGACUGUGAAUGGGAGAGUGUCCACCCCAAACAAGAGAGUCUGGACAUUAAGGAAGAGGACCGUGAACUGGGGUCAGUGAGUAUUAAAGAGGAGGAUGAAGAGGAGUGUGUCAGCACUGAGAUACACAACUAUAGGAGUAUAAAGAGUGUCAAGGAAGAUGACCUUCAUUAUGGACAUCAAGAUGGAGCAGUGACCGGGUUAGUCCCUUCUCAUAGCAGACACUCUUUAUCUCCAGAGUCUUCUGUCAGUGUACAAUAUGAAUUAUUACAAUCUGACACAAAGGAGUUUGAAGAAGUUUUAUCUUCUAGAACUGAGGAAGGUCAGCCACCACCUAAGGCGUCAUCUGAAACAAGAAUCAAACUUCACUGCUGUUCUGAAUGUUGCAAAAAGUUUUCACGGAUAAGCCUUCUUCAGAGACAUGAAAGAAUCCACACAGGGGAGAAGCCAUAUGACUGUUCUGAAUGUGGUAAACGGUUUUCAGAAAGAAGCAGUUUUCGGCGCCACAAAAUGAUUCACACAGGACAGAAGCCGUAUUGCUGCUCUGAAUGUGGUAAAACGUUUUCACAGAGAAGCAGUCUUCAGAGCCACCAAAGCAUUCACACAGAACAGAAGCCAUAUUGCUGUUCUGAAUGUGGAAAAACGUUUUCACAGAGAAGCUAUCUUCGGAGUCACCAAAGCAUUCACACAGAACAGAAGCCAUAUUGCUGUUCUGAAUGUGGAAAAACGUUUUCACUGAGAAGAUAUCUUCAGAAACAUCAAAGAAUCCACACAAAAAAUGCUAUUCUAAGCAGCAGAAGAAAGUUCAUAAAGUUUGAUAAAAACAAAAAAGAUCUAAUUGGGGAAAGUACAAGUAAAGUGGUUAAUACACUGCCCCCCUCCAACAGCCUCAUGUGGAAACAGAUCUUACUCAUUUAUGGCUUAUGAGGGGCGAACUAAGACCAAAAGAUGUACGCCUCAUCAUAGGUGCACAUAACAGUGGCUUGGACACAAAGUGGUUCAGAUCAAAAUAACCCAUAAUUGUCACUUCUGCCACAAACAGCUAGAAAAAGUCACACAUCUUGUUGCCUGGUGUGAGAUACUGAUUGCUGAUGAUUAUACACUGCACAACACCACAAAGUGGCCAGGUUCAUUCACUGGAAACUUGGCAAAAGGUACAACUUACCAGCACCAGAAAGACACUGGGACCACAACUCAGACAGCACAGUGGACAAUGAGGAGGUGCAGGUCACUUGCAGCACAGCAAUACUGACUGACUAAAUACAGAGGACAGAAAACCAGAUGUAAGAAAUCCUGGGUAACAGAAGUAUUAGUUUCUAGUUAUUACUCAGUCCUAAGAAUGGAGAGGCAAGAAAGAAACAAAAUACCAAGAAAUGCCAUCUGAGAUAUGACAAAUGAAAUGUGGACCACAAAACAAAAACAGAAGAA